GAUAUUUUUUGUAGUGGGGAUUAUCAAUUAGUAUAAAUACGUGUGGGGUUCUUUCCACACGACACAAAACCUAUCCGUCCGUUUCAAAACGCGUUUAAGCGACGUGUUUUUCAGUCAACACUUUUCAGAUAUUUCAGUGAAAAAUGUCAAAUGAAAUAACCAGUAAACGGAAGUGUAUUCCAAUAAUUUACACGCGUGGAACUCAUUAUGAAGUCGGAUUUGAUAUUGGUACCACAUUUGGAUCCAUGAUUCACGAUUUAUUAGAAAAAUGCGUAGAAUUUUUAAAACUACCUACAUAUGAAACUGAAUCGGGAAAAGAAGCUUACGAAAACACUUUAGCAGUAGUAAAAGAAAAUUUUCCCCAAUACAUAGAAGAAAUUCAAGGAAUAGCGGAUGGAGCAAAAGCUCCUUUUUAUAAAUUAUUUCUAUUACAUAUGGACGAUAUAAUGCCAAGUUCUGAGCAGAACAAAAAUUGUUCCUGCGAAAACCAAUUAAGCGGAUGUAGCACGAUAUGUGUCAACACAGAAAAUGUGCAAAUCCUCGCUCAUAAUGAAGACGUUUUAAGCGAGAUGCUUGACCUGUUCUAUUUGGUCUCGGUCCAUAUAGUCGCCGAGGAACCUCGAGGACGUUGGGGAGUUAAAGAAGAGAAAUUCACUUCUCUUUCCUAUGCUGGACAUCUUCCAGGUUACACGAUGGGUUAUAAUCAUCAUGGUCUUAUUUUUACCAUUAAUACAUUAGCAGCUGAUAAAUGUCUUGUGGGGAAAACGCCGAGAUAUUUUAUAACAAGAGCUUUAUUAGCAGCAGAAAAUUUCGAACAAGCUGAACAAAUCAUUCAGGAUUUGGGAUGUGGGGCUGGGAAUGGUUGUUCGAUAAAUAUGACGUUCCUGAAACCUGAAUUGCCGAGAAUUUUUUAUAACAUCGAAAUGGGACCUGCAUAUGACUCGCAAGAAUCUCAAUUAAAUGUAAUUACCGGAAAUUGUGGGGAAACUUUAGCUCAUUUUAAUAUGUAUUUACGAUUACCUGUUCAGGAAAUAGAUACAGGAAGGAUAAUAGAUACCAGUAUUUGCCGAAUGGCCGUUUAUAAAAACCGAAAAGAACCAAAAUCACUUCAAGAUGUAUUAGAAUUUUUAGGUGAAACUAACAAAGAUAAUGAGGUGUAUCAAAACUGCGAAGUACGAACAGUUGCAACAGGUAUUUUUGAUUGUAUUGCAAAUACAUGGACUUUAUAUGCUGAUAACCCAAAAACGAGUGAACCACUCGUCGUUUUACCUCUGAUCUUAAAAUCAUAAAAGGAAUUUUAAGAAAAAAUGUGCCUACCUUGAAGUAGUAUUUAUUUGUAUUUAAUGUAUCAAGUAUAUGCAAGCAAUAAAUGUAAUUAGAAUUCAAA